AAUCAAAUAAAUUACUCCAAUCAAUUGCAUUCUCGAUCAACACAACAAUAAUGGCUUCGGCUUCUUCUGCUCCCCAUCCAGCAACAGCGACGACAGUGAGCUUGAAACUCCUGAUCAACAAGGAGACCCAAAAGGUGGUUUUCGCCGAAGCCGGAAAACCGUUCGUGGAUUUCCUGUACGACCUCAUGUCCUUGCCGCUGGGCACCGUCGCCAAACUGGUGUCCCACAAAGCAUCCCAGGCGGAGUCCUUCGGGAAUCUCUACGACAGCAUCGCCGGCCUCUGCGGCACUUCCCAAAUUAUUAGGCCCAGGGUUUACGUGUGCGGCGGCUUGUUCGACGGCAACUGCGACGACUACCCUUGGUACACCGACAACCCCAACACUCCCUGUCCCAACUGCGGCUCCUACUGCUUGGACGUCCUGGCCGAAUACCUUGCACCGCCGGAGGACGCGGCGCCGGCGGUGGUGGCGGGAUGGGAGACUUACAUGGUGACGGAUGACUUGAAGGUGGCUCCCCACUCGACCAUAUCUACCAUUGUUGCGCUCAAUGAGAAUGGGCUCAAGGAUUUUGGUUGCGUGGAGGUCAAAGUCGUCCAGUUGGGGUUUGACGAGCAAAAAAUGGCAUCUCCGGCUUCAUCACCCACACCCAUGACGCUGAAGCUCCUGAUCAACAGGAAGGCCCAGAAGGUGGUAUUCGCCGAAGCAGAGAAACCAUUUGUGGAUUUCUUUGUUGUGCCUCAUGUCCUUGCCGCUGGGCACCGUCACCAAGCUUGUAACCCAGAAAUCCAUGGUCGGCGCCGUUGGGAAUCUCUACGGCAGUAUUGCCGACCUCGGCGACACGUACAUGCAACCUGCGGCAACAUGACCGUUUCGGCUACAUAUGUUGCUCCUCCGGCGAAGGCGGAGGUGUCUACCACCACUGGCGGCGAGGGAGGAGGGUUUGUGAGGGGCGUUGUGAGUUACAUGGUGAUGGAUGACUUGAAGGUGAUUCCACAAUCUGCCAUUUCAACCCUCAAUGACAGCAACAUUACGGACUUUAGAUCCCUUGAGGUCAAGGUUGUUUCUUUGGAUAACAACGUGGGAUUGAAGUUGUUGAAGGCUGCUUUAGUGACCAAUUCAGUUCUCACAACUGUCUUUCUCAAAAAGUCGUCGUAAUCUUGAAUCAUACGAAGUAUCAUGUUUUGGGAAUGGCUUUUAGUCAAGUUUUUUUCUUAAUCCAACACCACCACCACAAAUAGAUAGCAACGGAAAUAAAAUAAAGAACACACGAUUUACGUGGAAACUCCAAAUUGGGGAGAAAACCACGGUCGCUCAACAACGGCACCCAAACUUCCACUAAUCACCAAGAACCAAGUGGGUACAACAAGUUCUCCUCUCUAGUAAACACUAGAGGCAUACACAAUCAUCAAGGAGCAACCUUGGAACAACAACAAUCAACAAUUCAACAUAAAAUGGAAUAAAAACUCCCAAAAACGGAGGUCUGAAAAUGCAGCUAGAAAACAGCCUUCCGGGCAUCAAAAUGAGAAUCUGACCGUUGGAUUUGAAGAGGAGUAUGUGAGGAACAACAUACUAAAAUUUGAGCACGAUCGAACUUCGUUAGGCCUUCGAUCCGGACUGAAAACGGGGCUGCUGCACAGUGUGGCGGAAAUCCUGUUUUUUUUCUUCUUUUCUCCUGCGUAUUGGCUACUGCCACUGC